AUGCACGUCGUCGAAUCGAUAUUCCGACGGCAGUUCCAACUUGGACGUACGUCGUCGAAUCGAUAUCGCGACGGCAAUUCCAACUUGGAUGCACGUCGUCGAAUCGAUAUUCCGACGGCAGUUCCAACUUGGACGUACGUCGUCGAAUCGAUAUCGCGACGGCAAUUCCAACUUGGAUGCACAUCAUCGAAUCGAUAUCCCGACGGCAAUUCCAACUUGGAUGCACGUCGUCGAGUCGAUAUCCCGACGGCAGCUCCAACUUCAUUUCGCCAACAAUUUUUUGCUGAUUUUCCACCUUUAGCGUAUAACGAGCCGCCUUCGGCGAAUUCUGCAAAUCAACUUGAUAAAAAUGUUCCAACUGCUAUGCCAUAG